AUGGCUUUCUCUUCUUGCUUUUGCCAUUCUCCAUUAGCAUUGAAGAUUGAUCACAUGAGGCAGGCCAUGACACCUUGUGGAACAAUUGAGAAGGGGAAAAAGUUUCCCUUCCCUAUCAGAAGCAAUGGUGCUGAGCUUUGUAACCAACGCAUUGUGAGAAGUAGAGUCAACUUAAUCAGAGAUUGGAGUUUCAUAGGAGGAUCAAGAGUUGCUGUGAAACCAAAAGUUGUGAAAUUGGUUCCUUAUCAAAAAGCCAGUCGAGUAUAUGCUUCAUGGUUGUCAGGACCGCAACUUGCUAGCGGUGUCUUUACACUGGGAACAACAGCAGUGCUCCCAUUUUACACGCUCAUGGUUCUAGCUCCAAAUUCUGAGCUAACUAAAAAGACUAUGGAAAGUAGUGUACCGUAUGUAGCGCUUGGCAUUCUAUAUACAUAUUUAUUGUACCUUUCUUGGACACCUGAGACAGUUGGACAGAUUUUUGCAAGUAAAUACUUGCUACCAGAGCUGACUAGUAUAGGAAAAAUGUUCUCCAGUGAGGUGACUUUAUCCUCUGCUUGGAUUCACCUACUUGUUAUUGAUCUCUUUGCUGCAAGGCAGGUUUUUCUAGAUGGAUUAGAGAAUCAGAUUGAGACUCGGCAUUCAGUUUCUCUUUGCUUGUUCUUUUGUCCCAUUGGGAUUCUUACUCAUGUCAUCACCAAAGGAAUGACUAAUUCUACCAGAAAAAACAAACAUGACUUAUAGAGGGCACCUGCUUGCACUGGCA